GCUGUUCAGCGACUCCGCAGCGCCGACCCAAGCACGGAUAACGACAUGAAGCAGUCCCUGCUCGCCGUGCUGCUGUGCGGCGCCCUGCUGGGAUGCGCCACCGCGGACAAGAGGCCCUUCUUCCGCGGGCAGCAGCAACCAUUCUCCUUUCAGAGGCAGACCGAUGGAGCGGCGCCUCCUCCGGGUCCGGAGGCGGAGGAUCUGUCACCGCCCGCCCCCGCCACGGAGCCGACCCCUGGCGGCGGAAGCGACGCCGGAGGCCCGUAUCCGCCGUCAGGACAGCCGGAGAGCGGACCCUACGCGCCGUCCGGGUGGAAGCCGCAGGGGCAGCGACUCGAGCUGCCACCCCGACCGCAACGACUGCCCCAACAACAGUACGGCGCACCCCCUAAGCAGCCCCAACAGCAGUACGGCGCACCCCCUAAGCAGCCCCAACAGCAGUACGGCGCACCCCCUAAGUACGGCGCACCCCCUAAGCAGCCCCAACAGCAGUACGGCGCACCCCCUAAGCAGCCCCAACAGCAGUACGGCGCACCCCCUAAGCAACCCCAACAGCAGUAUGGCGCUCCCGCUGCGGCGGGACCAACAGAGCCUGGGAACACGGACGCCAGUCAGCCUGCCGAGCCUGCCACCGAGUCCCCAGAUCAAGUCGUGGUACUCAACAACAAACUCCGCCAGCAGCUCCGCCAACAGCGCAUCGUCCUUCAACGGUUGAGGCAGCAGGUGCGAGAGCAGCAGGCGCAGCUGGGGCAGCUCCAGCAGCUACGUGGCGUCGACCCGCAGCGCCUGGAGGACCAGCAGCUGCAACAGCAGCAGUUGGAGAGAGAGCAGGCCGAGCAGGCAGCACAGGGCGAGUACGUCGUUUCCUUGCCCAACGGGCGCCUGCAGAAAGUGCAAUUCGCCUCCACUCCAUCGUCGACGUCCAUCUUUAAGCAGAGCGUCUCCCAGGCCCAUGGUGCUACCCAGGACCCCGUCGACCAGCUCCCUGCCGCGGCGCCUGGGACCGCUCCCGCCACGUAUGUCGCCCGCCUCCAGUUCAUGGACGUCCCGCCUAUUGACGCCCCCGUCUUCUCCUACUCCCCCAACGCUCCACUCGUUCGAGUUGCGUAAGACUGCUUUGGAAGGGCUCACACAACAAUAAAUACAUAAACCAAAAAUA